CUCAGAUCGCUGGCGCAGGCCCACGCUGCACUGCACUGCACUGCACGGCACUGUGCUGUGUCCUGAAGCAACGCGGUCCUUUGCAUCCGCCCGCCGUCCAACUGUGGCACAUACACACCGCCACAGUAGGCAAAGGAGCUUGUCUCUCGGCCAAUUUUCUUCCAAGCUUCGCGACAAGAAGUUCCCUCCCCCCUUCCCCCUCGACAAAGCAUGUCGCAACGGGAGUACCACAUAGUCGUCCUCGGUUCUGGUGGAGUCGGGAAAAGCUGCCUAACAGCCCAGUUUGUGCAAAACGUGUGGAUAGAAAGCUACGACCCCACAAUCGAAGAUUCCUAUCGCAAGGUGCUCGACGUUGACGGCCGUCAUGUUAUUCUCGAGAUCUUGGACACGGCUGGCACAGAACAGUUUAAACUAUACAUGAAAACCGGCCAGGGCUUCCUCCUAGUCUUCAGCAUAACAUCAGAAUCCUCGUUUGGUGAGCUUGCCGAGUUGCGGGAGCAGAUACGCCGCAUCAAGGAGGACAGCAACGUACCCAUGGUGCUCAUUGGCAACAAGUCGGACCUGGAGGAAGACCGUGCCGUGCCGCGCCCGCGAGCCUUUGCCAUUUCGCGCGAGUGGAAUGUGCCCUACUUUGAGACGAGUGCGCGAAGACGAGCAAACGUCGACGAGGCCUUUGUCGAUCUCUGCAGGCAAAUCAUCCGCAAGGAUCAGAUGGAACGAACGCGCAUGGCCCCACCGGAUUCCCCCAGGCCUGGCCCAAGAAGCAGAACGCAUACCGGACGGCCAAAGCGCAAAGCCCACCGCAGCUACAACUUCAACUACAACUUUCAACUCACCUUCCAAACCAACCAACCAACCAACCAACCAACCACCCCCAACCCCAAAAUGUCUGCUCCCAACGCCAACACUCCCAACGAGGGCAUCCUCGGCCAGGCCGCCAACUCUGUCAAGAACGCCGCCAACUACGUCUCUGAGUCCAUCCAGGGCACCUCCGCCGAGGCCAACAAGGAGGCCAACAAGCAGCAGGCCAAGGGCAACGUGCCCGGCCAGGACAGCUUCACCGACCGUGUCUCCGGUGGCCUGAACGCUGCCAGCGACAAGCUCAACCAGGAGAAGCACGAGGGCGCUGCCGAGGCCAACAAGCGCUCCAUCUAAGGUGCUUGCUUGCCAUGACAACCCUAUUUCUCUUCGAGUCAACGAUACCACUAAUGGGCUAAGCGAUGAGCAUUGCGUCUCUCGCUCCCUUUCACGAUAAUAUACGACUUUAUUGACACGAGAAUAAUAAAUAUAACUUUUGUC